GGCCGCGCGUGCCUGGCUCUGUCUGCGCCUGGCCUCGGGGGAGAGAAGCCAUGGCGUACAGCGAAGAGGACGGGGGGGCCGGCAACGGCUCGGUGGAAGAGAAGGAGAACGGCAAGAAGGUGCUUCGGCCUCGCGGCGCCGUGACCACAGCCUGGCUGAUCUUCUACAACAUCACCAUGACGGCCGGGUGGCUGGUACUAGCUAUUGCCAUGGCCCGGUUCUAUAUGGACAAAGGAACAUACAAAGGAUUAUAUAAAAGCAUUCAAAAGACACUUAAAUUUUUCCAAACUUUUGCUUUGCUUGAGAUACUCCACUGUGCUGUUGGAGUAGUGCACACUUCUGUGCUUGUGACGGGGGUCCAAGUGAGUUCAAGAAUCUUCAUGGUGUGGUUUGUUACACAUAGUAUAAAACAGAUCCAGAAUGAGGAGAGUGUUAUUCUUUUUCUGGUUGUAUGGACUGUGACUGAGAUUACUCGAUAUUCCUUCUACACAUUCAAUAUGCUCAACCAUUUGCCAUACUUCAUAAAAUGGGCCAGGUACAAUUUUUUCAUCAUCCUAUAUCCAGUAGGAGUUGUUGGUGAGCUGCUAACAAUUUAUGCAGCAUUACCCUAUGUGAAGAGAUCAGGCAUGUUUUCAGUGAGACUUCCUAACAAAUAUAAUGUCUCUUUUGACUACUACUAUUUUCUGCUCAUCGUCAUGGCCUCUUACAUACCAUUGUUUCCACAACUGUAUUUUCAUAUGCUACGUCAAAGAAGGAAAGUACUUCAUGGUGAAGUGAUUGUGGAAAAGGACGAUUAAAACAAACUGUAAUCAUGGUGCUUUUUCAGAGUAACAAACCAGAUCCUUCACAUGUUACCCAAGCCCAACUUGGAAAUUUUGGGACAAAACAACAAUGCACAAAACCAACAUAGAUCGUGAUAUUUUGUAACAGAUGUCCUCCCAAGGGCUUAUAUGAAAUUUUAGUCUUAUUUUUCAAGCUGUUUAAGAUGCUUUUGGUCACAAAUCUUGGCAGCAGUUGAGUAAGAUUGGAAUUCGUUAUUCAGAAAUUCCAAUUCAUCAUUUUAAAUACUUUAUUACUGAACUGUGAUUAUUGCACUAGCCUAUCUGGCUAAGCUGUACUUAGGAGAUGCAAGUCCUGAUUGUGUUCGCAAAGUCUUUUUACCUGUACUUGAAGGUAAAGCCACCUUGAGUCAAAGUCAACGGCUAGUGACUACCUAGAACAAUGCUAUGUAAUUUUCUUGGCGAUAGUACAGAAACAGCUUGCCAUUGCCUUCCUCUGGAUGUUUUUAAUUCCCCAGGCUGGGCUACAACCCUGUUGCUUUUCUUGGUGAUCACCCAUUCACAUGCUAACUGGGUCUAACCCUGCUUAGAUUUGAGCUUGGCCAGAAGUUGCCACCUACCGACUGGCAUUUGGAAGUAGAUAAAUGCUUGUGCCUCCUGCUUUAUAAGAUGCUGCCCAAGAAGGCCCCUGAGUAAUGAAAAUGCUUCUCUUUUCUUUGUUAAUAACAUUUGGAAUUCACACAUUUUCUUUUCACAUUUAAGAGGGGUUUUUUUUACCAAUCCUAAACUUACAUUCUUUAGAAUUAUUUGCAUUGAAUUUGAAUGAUUUUUAAAAGCAUCUCCCUGAAAUAAUUACAACAGUGGAAAUAAUAGAAAAUGGGUUCAGUCUUAAUAUAGAAUAAUUCAAAACUGGAAGCAGUUAACCAGGAGAUAACUGCAAUAUCUCUUUGCAAAUCCAAGCCUACUAGACUCUAGAAUAAUUUUUAAAAGGAACAUUUAAGUACUCUGGAUAAUCUUAAAACAGCUGUCCAAAAAGCAUUUCUGUAACAAAAAGAUUGUGGAUACAAAAAUGUAUGAAAAUCUUAUCACCCACUAGUUAUAUAAUGAAAGUUCAAGGUAAACUCUGUUAAUUUUUGGUUUAAUUCAUCAUGUUUAGUGGCUCUUAUUUAUUUUAAUCCUUCUGAUUAAAACUUGCAGAGCAAAAUCCAAAGGAGUAGGUGACUAGUAGGGCUGGAUAAUACUUUGGCUUCGAUUCCAGAAAAGUACCUUAGAGCACGUGGGAGUAUUGACUGCAGCAUCCGUCGGCAACUCUUUUAAAGCGGCCAUUUCUUUCCCGGCAUCUUGUUGCAGAUGCAGAGGGCACCCAUGCAAUCCUAGGACCAGAUGUGCCUUUUAAAGAGUUGCAAACAAGUGCCACGUUCACACCCCCAUGUGUCUCAGAAUCUACUUUUCAGAAUUAUUUCCAAAGCUCUAUACUGCCCUCACAAGUAGUUCCAUAUGUUCAGGGAGUGUUAGGAUUUGUCUUUUGCAGGAAAAAAAAGUUUACUUGGUAAAAUAGAAAAGAGAUUAAAAAUCUGACAGUCUUCUGUUCAAAGUUGCUGAUGGGAAAUAAAAAUGUUAAGCUUCUCCUCUAAAAUAAUGUGAUGUAGGCUAUGUUGCUCUUUGAAUUCUUGUCAUUAUCACUUUGAAUAAAAUUGUAAGCUUUGAAAAAGGAAGUAUUGGAAGAAGCAAUGUCUGUAACCUCAGAUCAGUCUGAAAUCUGACUCCAGAGAUUUUCAAAGCAGAGAUAGGCAGCUUUUUGGCAGCCAAAAGCCGCACUUCUUAAAAAAAUAUUUUUCCGGUAGUGGAGAAUUGCAAAGAGUGGAUAGUAAGAGGAUGACAACACCAGAGAGGGCACAGCUGAUAAUAUUUUGCCUAUUCAUUAUUUUGGGGAGGGGGUGUUGAGAGUUCCUAAUCAGAACCAUAACCUUUUUAUUUUCAGAACAAAUUUCUGUUGUCAUUGUGCCUCUGGACUUCAACAUUGUGAUCUGCAGAGCUCUAUGGGCUGUGACAGAGGGGUGGGGGUGCCGUAUCCAUUUGGGGUUCAUGGAAUUAGGGACCUUUGCUCCACAACAUCUGGACUGUAGAAUUUAUAGUGGCAGUUGUUGGUUUGGUGGUCUUUGCAUGAAUAGAAGUGCUCUUUUUGCUUGCCCAGGACAAGUGUUAACUCUAAGCGAUGGGCUUAACUCUUUGGGUCAAAUCCUGAUUUUUUUUUCACAGUUAAGAUACUCUAUUUAAUUGGAGUUUCUUUGUAUUAUUCUACAAUAAUAUGAUGAAAGGUGCUCUGUUUAUUUCAUGUUAGAGAAAGCUUUAAGAUACAGUACCAUAAAGUCAUUCGGUCAUGCUUGUAUUUAAAGGUUUCAAGAGGAAUCAAUUCUAUCUUUGCAAUAAUUGCUUACAGUAUGUCUUCUUUUAACAAUUUCAUCUGUUUCGUACAAAAUAUCCAGGCAGCUCUUUGAAACAGGUUUCUGAAUUAGUACAGAGAAGA